UCGCUUUCGUCUGCUUGUUUUUCUUUUAGUGUUUAGGAAUGAGUUAGGAAAGAUCUUACCUCUUUAAAGCUUUAAAAUGCAAUCUCUGCAAAGUUUUCGUAUUUUAGUCAGUAACCGGCCUCAUUUACCAGCAAAAUCGAGCAAUCUACGCCAGAUUUUUUUUACAGGUGGUAAGUGGACUGGUCGAGGGGGCUCUUCAAGAUUACAACCGAACCGAAGGGUGGAACUCACACCUGCCGAACCUAACAUAUUACCAGAAGGCAAUGGACGUUUGAUAGGACCAAUUUUUUUCACAGUUGGGUUUACAGGGUCAUGCUUGUCCUUGGCUGCUAUUUGGGAAUAUGAAAAUAUGAGAAAGAAAGCACUACAGUUCAAACAAAAAGCUACAGGAUGGAUUCAAAGGCAGCAAAAUUUGAAACAUGGUGAUUUAAGAAAUCAUAUGAACCAUUGGUGGAAUAGUCAGACAGAAGAACAGAAAUUAUUUUAUGGUAUUUUGCUGGCAAAUGCAACAGUUCUGUUGGCAUGGAGAAUCCCUUCAUUGAAAAACUUCAUGACAUUAUAUUUUUGCUCUAACCCAUUUGCAAGAGCUGUUUGUUGGCCAAUGGUGUUUUCAACAUUUUCCCACUACUCCUUUCUACAUUUUGGAGCCAAUAUGUAUGUUCUUCAGUCUUUUAUGAAUGCUACCGCACACUCGAUGGGCAAAGAACAAUUUUUAGGUUUCUACCUAUCUGCCGGGGUCGUCUCAUCGUUGGCCAGCCACAUCUUUAAAACAGCUUUGCGCAUGCCUGGCCUUUCCCUUGGAGCAUCUGGAGCUGUUAUGGGUGUUCUUGCUUAUUUUUGCUCUCAGCACCCCAACGCUUUACUCCAAGUGGCAUUUGUUCCUGGUUUCACCUUCACUGCCGAUUCAGGUCUGAAGGCGCUACUUUCGUUCGAUGCAAUAGGUUUGGUAAUGCGUUGGAAGCUAUUUGAUCAUGCAGCACAUUUGGGUGGUGCCCUAUUUGGACUGUUUUGGAGUUAUUGGGGACAAAAAGAGAUAUGGGGUCGUAGAGUGCACUUUUUGCAAGUAUGGCACGAAUUCCGAACAGGAACCAGAUCAGACAAAUAAAGAGGUAUACAUCA